CCAUUUGUUGUCCCUAAUACAGGUGCGUGUUUGUUGUGUAUGUGGGAGUGUGCAAGGCAUAAUUCAUUUAGUGGUAAGCGGUUUUUAACGAUACACAAACGAUACGAACGGCACGAAAGCCUAACUGCUUGGAAUUUGGCAGCACCAGCAGCGUAACGCAACCUGCCGCUAUUAUCACGCGCUUAGCAGAGCCGAGUUAGCAGCAUACGGGGGAAGCGUUAGGCACCGUCAACCAACUAUCAAACAUGUGGCAAAUUCUGAUUUUCUGCUUUUUAAACUCAGUACAAAGUAUUCAUGCAUUGCGAAGCGUACAUCAGAAGUCGAUGGCGGCAGGCCGUCUGGAGAAUGUAACACAGACAAUAUCACGUAUACUGGAGGGCUAUGACAUUCGGCUAAGACCAAAUUUUGGAGGUGAACCAUUACACGUGGGCAUGGACCUUACGAUAGCGAGCUUUGAUGCCAUCUCGGAAGUGAAUAUGGAUUACACUAUCACUAUGUACCUAAACCAAUACUGGAAGGAUGAGCGACUCGCGUUUAACGCGUUCGCCCUCUGGGGAGACAAUCAAAAGGAUCAAACGGGAGAAAUCAUGAUAGAGGACGACGGUGCGAACGAUGUGAUUACGCUUUCGGGUGACUUUGCCGAAAAGAUAUGGGUACCGGACACGUUCUUCGCCAACGAUAAGAACAGCUUCCUGCACGAUGUAACCGAGCGCAACAAGCUCGUCCGGCUGGCCGGUGACGGUGCGGUGACGUACGGGAUGCGCUUCACCACCACGCUCGCCUGCAUGAUGGACCUGCACUACUAUCCGCUAGAUUCGCAGAACUGCACGGUGGAAAUUGAAAGCUAUGGCUAUACCGUUUCGGAUGUGGUGAUGUACUGGCGGUCCACGCCUAUUCGAGGUGUGGAGGAGGCCGAGCUACCACAGUUCACUAUUAUCGGUUACGAGACGAACGACCGGAAGGAAAAAUUAGCAACUGGCGUCUACCAACGGUUGUCAUUGUCGUUCAAGUUGCAGCGCAACAUCGGCUACUUUGUGUUCCAGACGUAUCUGCCAAGCAUACUGAUCGUAAUGCUGUCCUGGGUGUCCUUCUGGAUCAAUCACGAGGCCACUUCCGCCCGCGUUGCGCUCGGCAUCACCACCGUGCUGACAAUGACCACCAUCAGCACCGGUGUACGUAGCUCGCUGCCGCGCAUCUCCUAUGUGAAGGCGAUCGACAUCUAUCUGGUGAUGUGCUUCGUAUUUGUGUUUGCCGCGCUGCUAGAGUACGCUGCCGUCAACUACACGUACUGGGGUGCCCGUGCCAAGAAGAAGUGCAAAAAGAACAAGGAAGCCGAGCGGAAGGUGUUCGGAAAGACAGAAAAGACCUCAACCUGCUCCGCAGACGAUAUUAUCGAACUGCAGGACAUACGCAUGAGCCCAAUCGCAUCGCUACGUAAUCGGCACUACUCGAACACGAUCACCACGACCGACAGUGUCGAUUCCACCAAGUUUCCGCCAAGCUUCCGCAUCGCCAGAUCGUACGGAUCGAGUACACGUAGUGGUCUCCGGUAUCGCAGUUCUAGAGGUCAGGGUAGGCCCAAGAUGUUGCAUGCGAUCAAGCGAGGCGCCUCCGUCAUCAAAGCGUCCAUACCGAAGAUUAAGGAUGUGAACGUGAUCGAUAAGUACUCACGGGUCAUCUUUCCCGUGAGCUUUGCUGCCUUUAACGCCGGCUACUGGAUAUUCUACGUGCUCGAGUGACCCACAGUCAACUAAGAGCGCAGCAGGCAUUUACUAGCAGCCGUAGUAGAUCACGCUCUGUAGAAACACAUCUCCCGCAUGGUCCAGAAAUGUCCCCACGUACACCCAAAGCAGGAUGAACUCAAAUUAUCCGGAGAGAGAGAGAUAUUGCGAGUGGAAGAUGAAAGCAACUUGUUGUGCGGUGCAAGAGAAGACAAAGCAGCCAACAGAUGUGUUCCCAGUCUUGUUUCGGCCCAACCCCAUUUCUCUUCCCAUUGCAUCUAUUUGAUCGACCGCUCGUAAACGGAACUAUUUGAAGUGUUGAGCUCAGACAGCAAAAAACAACAACUGCAACUCCUGUUGUUGAGCAAUUUCACUGGUAGUAAAAGGGGCAAAGUAGAUGAAAUCAUUAUACGACAUGAAGAAACAAAACAGUUUAGGCAAAAUUAAGGCUUCACGAAUUUGUAAAAAACAAUUAAUCAAAAAUAAUCAAAGAUGCAGUCAUAUUAUUUUUCCAAAAACCUCACAAACACACAAAAGUAAAGAAUACUACAUUAAAAAAAACAUCAAAACAUCUUACUUAUUGCGAGUUUUAUCUGUUUGAUUCAGUUUUGUGUUGAAUGGCAGCAUAUCCUGAUGAGAACGCAUGUCUUUGCUAUGCAAAUUGCAGUAU